AUGGCGCCCAACGCCGCGCAGGACGCGCCGCUCGACACGUCCGUCGACUACGACAAGCUCACGACACCCAACAGCGGCGAUGCGCCAGCUGUAGCCACCGGCGCCUCCACCGCCGAGUCGCCGCUACGUCCACCGGACGAGAAGUACGACGACCUCAUGCACGGCAUCAACUCGUUCUGGGCCAUUGUCUUCCCCGUGUGCGUCACGAUGAUCGUCGCGAGUCUCGUGGUCGUCAACUACCGCAGCGGCAGCAUCGAAGCGUCCAUGUCCACGUACUUGGUCUACGGCGACUCGGGCGCGAACGCUUCCGGGGCCUCCAGUGCAAGCGAAGGCGGGGCCGGGUUUGGCAAGUCGCUCGUGAACGCGCUCGUGAUCAUUGGAGCCAUUGCGCUCUUGACGUUUGGCAUGGCGUUGCUCUACAAGUACGACUGCAUGAAGUUUCUGAGUGGGUACAUUAUGUUUGCCUCGACGGCGAUCUUGAGCUUCGUGGGCGGCCAGCUCGUGGACGAGGUCGUGAAUAAACAGCUGCACUGGCCGGUCGACUGGCCGUCGUUUGUCUUUGUGAUGCUGAAUUUCGGCGUCGUGGGCGUGAUUGCCAUCUUUUAUCAGAAAGGCAUCGCGAAGCUCGUGCAAAAUGGCUACUUGGUGCUCGUGAGCGUCAUCUUGGCGUGGGAGUUUUCCAUGUGGCCCGAGUGGACGACCAUUACGUUUUGCGUCUUGUUUGCGUGCUACGAUCUCUGUGCCGUCUUGACGCCGUGCGGACCGCUCAAGUAUUUGAUUGGACUGAUCCAGGAAAAACAAGCACCGCUGCCAGGCUUGCUCUAUGAAGCGGAUGUACGGGACGGCGUCACGCACAACCAUCAUCGACAACAGCAGCAGGAAGCAGGACCAGCGCGUCCGAAGAUGACGUCAGUGGAGAAUGGUGGGCUUGAGACCGACCGGCAGCCGUCGUCGGCGACCUCACAAUCGUCGUCGUCUAGCAACAGCCAUCCGAACAGUGACGCGAAUGCUGCCGUGGCUAACACCAAUGGUGUUCAUGCUGCGCCUCUUGAAGGUUCGAGUCAAGAGCUGAUAGGAGGCGUCGUGCCGACGACAGAAAGCACCGAGUCGUCUCCGAUCCCGGUCCUGGCUUCGGGACAACGACCACGCAAUGUGGCCGAGUCGAGCUUUACUACGUACGAGUGCGAGACGCUCGAGGCGCUUGUGAGUCUGCUCACUGUGUUUUAUGAGACGUUCAGUCCGGAGGAUGCGUGGAAGGCCCCGCAAGUGGCUGAGAAGUUUGUGGAGACACAAGACCGCAUGUGGCUGCUGAUCUUUCACAAAUACUAUGUCUGUUCGUGCUCCGUGGACAUGCCGUGUCCAGUGCAAGCACGACGUGAUCAGCGCAUACGCGAGCGCAAGGACGAAGACGAAGAUGACAAGACGAUUAAGUUGGGACUGGGUGACUUUAUUUUCUACAGCGUGCUGGUCGGUCGGGCUGCCAUUAAGGACUUCUCGACGUUUGCCGUUACGUUCGUCUGCAUCGUCAUGGGUCUCGGUGGAACGCUUUUUCUUCUGGCUGUCUUGCACAAGGCCCUACCAGCGUUACCGAUUUCGAUCUUCUUGGCCACGCUAUUUUACUUUCUCACGGAGUACAUUUUCAUCGACUUUUGCAGCUUCAUGAUGGCGUUUCCAGCUGCAGUGUAG